AUGUCUUUGCCAGUUCUCAGUCAGAUCAAUCUAAACACUUUAGGGUGCAAAAAAGCCCCAAACAAGGAUAUCAAGGAUCACAACCCCCAAUCUACCCUUUUUCUACAAGAAAACGUGAAAAUCAGUCAAUCGCAACACGAAUCAGAUGAUGUCACGUUAUUGGAGUACGACACAGAUUUCAACGUCCAGUUAGACGACGAGCAGGAUUCCCGGCCCAGCAGCACGGGCAGCAACUUCGAUGUCUCACUUAGCUCCGACUACACUCACAUCACAGAAUCCGUCUCUAGUGUGGUAGAGAAGAGUGAUCUCACCGAUCUGGUCAGACGGGAGCUCUUCUUCUACACACAGACCGGUCUGCUGUCGUACGAGAACUUCGACCAGCUCUACUCAACAGUCAAUUCCAAGUCAGGGCUCAACCAUAUAGAGGUUCGGGCUAUUUGUGCAACCGUGCAAAAAAAUUGGAAUCAGGAUCACACCUCUUUUUCGAAAUUUGCAAUUUGCCCCAAAAGGUGUGUUGCUUUUACAAAGGAGCAUCUGUAUCUAACCAAAUGUCCCGAUUGCGGUACUCCAAGAGAUCUCCAUUGCUACCUAACCUACAAUUCGAUAAGACCGCUUAUCGGAUCUAUAAUGGCCAAUCCUUACUCGAGAGCGCAGAUCGAACUGUCAAAUAUGCACAAACCUAACAGAUACCAUUUGGAUUUGUCGAUCAUGGUUGAGCAGAACUUUACAAUCAACCAGAUCAACUUCGAUGUGGUGUCCGUCGCCAUUAAUAAUUUCUCCAGAGAUCUUCGUGCACAGGAACAAUCCGUGCACGUCUGCAUUGCUUAUCCUGCUGCAGCAUCAAAAAAUAAGCUGCAGUACUUUUUAGCACCCUUGAUUGAGGAUCUUACCGAUCUACACGACAACGGGAUCGCGGUCAAAGUGUCUGAGUCGCGUACAGAAAUUUGCAAAUGCACGGUCCAAUCGGUCAUUGGCGGUGAUUUCGCCACCACCGCGUCGAUGAUCAGUGCCCUAAAAGGGCCAGAUACAUCAAAAUGGGACAUUCACAAUGGUGUCACUGCAUUCGCAGAACUUGCAAAUGUGGAGGUCCCAAGAUCUUUUCCUGCUGAUCUCACCGCCCUGCUUUUUGAGACAGUGUUCGCCAAAGGGAUACAUCAAACCUUCUUUGCCAAAGACAAGUCUGAGUUAGCAGAGCAGCUGACUUUCUUUAAAAAAGCCAUAGUUGCACACCUACCUUCUGUUCUCCCACUCACAGCGCAGUCGCUGCUGAAGAAAAGCAACCCAGCCCAGGUGAAAGCGUCAAAUUGGCGGAUUGGGCACAAGCUCUUUUUCGGUAUCUUUUUCUGCACCUAUUUGAGAACCGGCAAGAAAGGAGCAGACUUCGAAGUGGCUAAACUCCUUGUUGAGCUUAAUGGAUACUGCGAGCUAUUUUCUGCAGAAGAUCUUAGUGUCGAGCGGCUGGAUCAGAUGAAAUGGUUUAUCCAGCAGUUCUUAGAACGCAUGAAGACACUGAGUUCCAAGCUCCCAGAGUUGAAGAAAAUGAAUUCCGUUCCCUGCCAUAUGUUACUAAGUGCUUGUGAUAUGAUGAAGUGCGGCUACGAUAUUGCAGACACGCACUGUUUUGCAAAAGACCUUGCUUUGCCGUGGAUUCGCAACUACAAAGCUAAAACUACAAACUCCGUUGGAACAAGGCUGACCAUGAAGAGCGUGCACGACUGCUUGUGGUUCAAGGAGUACGAGUACGACUGUGAUUCUGAAACCAAAUGGAAAGCUCCUGCCAAAUGGAAGUGUAACCGCAAACUGGCUGGUCACCAAAUCCUGCAAAAAAGAAUCCAGAAACGAAUCAUGGCAGUUCGCGCUCUUCGAGAGACGUUCCGGUCGUCCUUCAAAGACAACAUUCUGAGCCUUGACGACUUGCAUAUUGUCAACUAUACCAUUGCUGUAAUUCGCGGGGUCGAGUUCAAGGUGAAUGGGACUAGCUGCUACGCCAAAAUCAAAAAUAGGUACCAGCACGGCUCUGCGGUGUACGUUCGCUGUUUGGAGUUUAUUGAGGUGGAACUAAGCCAGUUCCCUAGCAAAUUUGCAAUUGUUGAGCAUAUGGAGGCCAGUGUGACGAAACACAGGUUGCCGAUUCCAGGAACCGGGAACGAGCUGGUGAUAGGCCGGACCUACACCAAAACGGGUGCUGAGCGAGUCGAUGUGGUUGAGGUCAACAAGUAUACGUGGGAGUCAGUUUCGAUAAUUCCGCUGGACCCAACCACGUCGUUUGUGUACGACACCCAGCUGUGCUACAGCGACAUAAUUACGGAUGGCUUCCCCGCCUGA